AUGCCUUCGCAGGUGGCCGUAGAACGAGAGCUCGAGCCCCAGGUCUUCUACGCUCCUCCGCCUCAGGUAGCCGCUUCCUAUCGAGCACCGUCCAUGCCCUACAGUUAUGCGAGUCCCCACGACCAAGGGUAUGGCAUGUACUGGUCAUCGCACGAUCCAGCAUCGCAACCUCCGAUACCAGUCCAGGCGCCGCAUCCUGCUCAGCCCGUGGCUCACAAAGUCUGGCUUCUCGACUGUAGAACAUGCGGCAACUUCCUCACCAAUCGGGGCAUGAAGGCCGUGCUUCUUUUACGGCCGCAUGUGCCUCUCUACUCAACCGACGCUUUACCUGUCAACUGCUCUGCCCACGGGAGCAUCGCGCAGUACACGCCCAACGCAUCAUCGGCUCAAGAGGAGCUCCCCCGCACGUGUGACUGCCUCACGCAGACACUGUGCUGCCAUGGCUGCGGCAACGGCGUUGGAUACAUGAUUGUCAUCCCGUGUUCCCGUUGUACAUCUAGCGUUGCGGGUAAUAACCGUGCAACGAACGGACAUCGGUUCGUCUUCCAUUCGGCCGAAAUCACGGCUCAUGAACGACACUACAUCCCCCACGAGCCCGGCGUUCUUCCCCAAUACGCCCCGCGACCCCGUACAUCCACGCCGCCAGUUGACCAACCAGGUCCGCGUGUAAUUGAGUCCCAGAUUGACACGUCCAUGCCCCUGCGUUCAUUCCUGUCCACUGGAUCAUUGUCCUCGAUCGGUACUGGACCGGGUAACAGUCCAGACCCCGCCUCUCCGUACGCAGACGAAGAACUCCCCGCAAGCCCGACCAUGCCUGGUCUCAUCGCGGUAUCACCUUCACCCGAACAGCGAGCUUCCUCUCACCGGCGCGGCUUCCCGCUGGAGUCGCACCCGCUGUACCACGCAUACCCCCAUUCGCAACCGCUACCGCCGCAUGCACAGUACUAUGUCAGCCAGGGAAUGCCGCUCGCUGAGGAACCUCCCAAGACCGUUCGGUCUCUCAAGCCCGGUGCCCUACUCUACUGGCACCAUCUCACUCGUGCGGGUGAGAUACCGGGCGUGCGCGACGACCCUCGUGCGCGGGCCAAGCGCAUGGUCGCAUACGACCGUUGA